GCUAUCUUUCUCAGUUGUAUUUCUCUCGUUAAUGUUUUCUUCUCUCUCGCUGGCUUCCUCCAGCCUCGCUCCAUCAUCCCACCCCUCCUAUUUUAAAUCUCUCUUAUCUUCACAGGCUUCAUUUCACCAAAAUAUGGCAUCCUUUGCUUUUCUCUACCAUCCCCAUCUCCUCUUUUAUAGUAUAUCUUCUGCUUUCCACCUCUGAUUAAUUCUCUACAUCUGCUCAUUUAACCCCCUUCCAUCUACUCUCUUCUCAAGGUUUUUUCUCCAUCCUGAUUUAAUAACAUAUGUCAGAGUUUAACCUCUUCCCUCUUGUUUUCCCUCAGGUGUGUUUGGUCUUUAACUCCCCCACCCCCCUCACACCCUCGCUUCCUCUCUUUUCCUGCUCUGCCAUUUGCAGUUGUUUCCUUAUCCCUUCUCCUUUAACUCCAGUUUUCAUUACUCAUCACUGUUACCUGUCCCAAGCUCAUUACGUAGUGACCCCUAUUGUCCCAAAAAAAAACCUGGUUAGCACACAUCGUAUUCAGCCAUGCAGUUUCCCCCCUUUCUGGUACUUUUCUCUCUGAAUCAUUGCCCCACUCCAAUAAACCUUAUCACAUCAGCUUACAGCUAUCUCUCCUCUUACCUCCUUAUUUCCUCUCGAUAUGGCCUUUUCCAUCCAACCUCUUCCCUCCCUGUUCAGGUACACCUCUGCUCCAGCUCUAUCUGUCUCCCCUUACUUCUCCCACCCUCUGUCUCUCUCCUCCACGUCUCCCCUGUCCCCUCCUUAUCUCACUAGCGUGUAUGUGUGUGUGUGUCUCCCCUCAUCCCCGUUCCCUCCCUGCCUUCCUAAUGUACCUCCAGGUACGUUUGCUGUACUGCUCCCAGGAGGAGGCCGAGAUGGUUUUCCGUGCCGCCUGGGCUGCAGGUCAGGCUGGAGCCUCACACAUGUGGUUUGCCGUGGGGCCGGCUCUCUCAGGUUUGGGCAUGGAGGGCCUGCCUCGGGCUCUUUUUGCCGUGCGGCCCCAGGGGUGGAGGGACGAACCUCGCCGGAGGAUUGCUCGGGGUGUGUCUGUGCUGACUCAUGGGGCAGUGGCGAUGCGAAAGGAUUAUGGAACCAUGGGAGGGCCAAACUUUGUCACCAACUGCAUGACAGACGCCAAUCAGACCCAGAGACUUCGAGGCAGGAUGAGGUAUUUCAGCAACAUCACACUCGGUGGUCGAGACUACUCCUUCAAUGUUGACGGUUAUCUUUCCAACCCCUUCCUGGAUGUAAUUUCCUGGACACCUGGACGUGGAUGGGAAGAUGUAGGCUGGUGGGAGAACGGUGUGCUGAGACUUCGGUACCCAGCCUGGUCCCGCUAUGGGCCAUUCCUUAAACCACCUGAUGAUGCCCAGCACCUGCGAGUUGUCACCCUGGAGGAAAGGCCGUUUGUCAUUGUAGAGCUGGCAGACCCUGCAUCUGGGACCUGCAUCCGUGACUCAGUGCCCUGCCGACGACCCCUUAAUGCCAGCCACAGUGCCAUUCAUGAGGGCGUGGCUCCCAUGAAGCAGUGCUGCAAGGGCUUCUGUAUUGACAUCCUAAAAAGAUUGGCCAAGAUUGUUGGCUUCACCUAUGACCUUUACUUAGUGACCAAUGGAAAACAUGGGAAGAAAAUUGACGGGGUUUGGAACGGCAUGAUCGGAGAGGUGGUGUACAAGCGAGCGGACAUGGCCAUUGGCUCGCUGACUAUCAAUGAGGAGAGAUCAGAGGUCGUGGAUUUCUCUGUCCCUUUUGUGGAGACGGGGAUCAGUGUAAUGGUCUCCCGUAGCAAUGGAACUGUCUCACCAUCCGCUUUCUUAGAGCCCUACAGUCCAGCCGUAUGGGUGAUGAUGUUCGUCAUGUGCCUGACCGUGGUUGCUGUGACGGUCUUCAUUUUUGAGUUCUUCAGCCCUGUGGGCUACAAUCGCAGUCUCCAGAAUGGCAAGAAGUCUGGAGGGUCUACUUUUACGAUAGGGAAGUCUGUAUGGCUUUUGUGGGCCAUUGUCUUCAACAACUCAGUGCCAGUGGAGAACCCCAGAGGAACCACCAGCAAGAUCAUGGUGCUGAUCUGGGCCUUCUUUGCUGUCAUCUUUCUUGCCUCUUACACUGCUAACCUGGCUGCCUUCAUGAUCCAGGAGGAGUACAUUGACACAGUGUCAGGCCUCUCGGACAAAAAGUUUCAACAUCCAGAGGAGCAGUACCCACCUCUGAAGUUUGGCACAGUGCCCAACGGGAGCACCGAAAAAAACAUCCGCUCCAACUAUCCAGAUAUGCACCAGUACAUGGGCAAAUACAACCAGAGAGGGGUGGAAGAUGCAAUACUGAACCUCAAGACCGGGAAACUGGAUGCUUUUAUUUAUGAUGCUGCAGUAUUGAACUAUAUGGCCAGGAAGGACGAAGGUUGUAAGGUGAUGACCAUAGGCUCGGGGAAGGUUUUUGCCACCACAGGCUACGGUAUCGCCCUGCACAAAAACUCACGUUGGAAACGUCCUCUUGACCUGGCCCUGCUGCAGCUGGUGGGAGAUGAUGAGAUUGAGAUGCUGGAGCGCCUCUGGCUGUCGGGUAUCUGCCAUAAUGACAAAAUUGAGGUGAUGAGCAGUAAACUGGAUAUUGACAACAUGGCUGGUGUUUUCUAUAUGCUGCUGGUGGCUAUGGGCCUCAGUUUGCUUGUGUUUGCCUGGGAACACUUGGUCUACUGGAAGCUUCGACACUGCAUGGCCACCAGUUCUGGCAAAUUGGACUUUCUCCUGGCAAUCAGCAGGGGUAUGUAUAGCUGCUGCAGCUUUGAGGAUGAAACAGCACCAGGUGGAGCUAAAUCUUUGCCUACCCAUCACCACACUGCAAUGGUGACAGUCCCGUCACAGCCACAUGUUGUCUCAACAUCCAUGACCAACCCAGCCAUUGCCAUGGCGCAACAGCAGCAACCACCACAACAGCAGCAACCGCAGCCCGUAUACAAAACACCUCUACCAGGCUCUCCUCCCACCGUGGUGCAUUCUGGGACAGCACUGGGUCCGUCCAACAACCCCAUUUCUGGUGCACCCCUCCCUUGCUCCACCUUCCUGCCCAGACCAGAUCGCAGACUGGCUGUGGUGGAUCGUUGGAGGCUGCCCAAAUCUGCUACAGCCACCAACCCAAUGGCUGUAAGAGGGGCCAUCACUGACAUGGGACCCUUUGCUCAGAAAGUCCCUCCAAACUGGGCUUCAACUGCUGGAGGGGGUGGGGGACUUGAUGGUUAUAAAAGAUACUAUGGUCCCAUUGACCCUGAGGGACUGGGGCCCUGCAUUGAGCAGCAGGCAGGGUCCCAGACCCCCAAGACUAUGCCCAGGGGCCAUCCCCAACCUCCUCCAGCCAGUGUGGCCUUCUACUCUGAAAAGGGCAUGGACCACGGGGUGGGGAAGAGGGUGGUGGGAGGUGGCAGCGGAAGUCAGGGGAAAGGGGCCGUUAAACCUCUGGGCACUCCCAGACUGCCUCUUAAGAGUCAGGCCCCUCUGCCUCCUACACCCCCGCUGCCACACCCCUCUCCCCCUCUCCCCUCAUCCUUCUGGAGGAAGCGCAGGCCCAAGAAGCCCAAAGAGCCUGGAGGGCCACUGUACGAGAACAUUCUGCCCCUGGGGCGGAGGGGAGGAGCACGAGAGGGAGUGAGAGAGGGAGGAGGGAGGAGGGCACGCCCCCUCUCUCCCCCGCUCUCACUUCCUGUGCCAGUACCCCUCAGCCCCUCUUACACGCCUCCUUCUCCCUCAGCAUCCUUGCACUAUACGUCAUCAUCCUCUUCGUCAACCACCUCAUCUACAUCCACGUCGUCAUCGGCCUCAUCUUCUCGCUCCACCUCUCCUACCUUCUCUUACAGCUCCUCCAGGAGCACAAGAGACAGGACUGGAGGGAUAGAUGGAGAAGAUGAUGAUGACGAUGAGGAGCUGACAGAGGAGUCAAGCCUUCUCCUUGGCAGGGGGAGAGAGAGGGAACGCUCAAUCAUCCGGCCUCGUUCCCUCAGCCACGGGCGCCUACCACCACCCAUACCCCCAAGGAAACCGCGCACAUCCUGGGGUGACAGAGAAAGAGAGAGGGACAGAGGGGGAAGCCAACUGUCUCAGCUCCAAGAGUGGUGGGCAAGCUGGAGCGAGAGAGAGAGGAGUGGAGCAGGUGGAGAAAGUGAGAGGCAAAAGAGGGAAAAGAAGAGGAGAAAAGAGAAGGAGAAAGAGAAGAAGAAAAAGAAAAAGAGCAAAAAGAGGAAAAAGAGGGAAGAAAGGGAAGAAAGGGAAAGAGAGCGAGAGAGAGAAAGGAAACGGCGAAAGGUGAAAAAAAAGAAGAAGAAGGCACUUAAGACAAAGAAAAGAAAGAAAUCGACUGGGGGAAGACGUUCUGAGCCAGAGGAGGGAGAUGUAGAGCCAGAGAGGGAAGGAGAGGCAGAGGGAGAGAGGGAAGGGGGAAUACAAGACUACUCUUCAUUUUCUGCUCAGUAUCGGAGCUCAUUUGCAGAGAAGGGUCGGGAUUCAUGGGAAGGAGAGAGGGAGAGAGGAAGGAGAGAGGGUGGAGAUGAUGGAAAUGACAGGGAACAGGAGGACAGCAGCAGAAGUAGAGAGAGGCGCCCUAAGUCCUCACGCCCUCAUUCAAGACAUCAUACCCCUAGUAAGCGCUACCCUAACCUCAACAAACUCCCGGCAUCAGUCAAAUUUUGGGUUAAUGGAAGAGGAGGUGAUUCUAAUACCCCUCCAACAUCCCUUCAUCCUCUUCUUCCAUCCUCCAAGAGGAGAAGAAGUGGAGGGAUGGACAGAGACAACAGUAGUAGACUUGGGGAGCGGCGUCCUUUGUUAAUGCAUUAUGAAAAAGAGAAAGCACAGACAAGAGAAGGGCCGUCCUUCCAGGAGUGGGACUCUGAGGAUGAUGAGGACGAUGAUGAUGAUGAGGAAGAAGAAGAAGAAGAAAGGGAGAGAGUGAGAGAGCGGGUGGAGGAGAGGGGGAGGAGAGCAGGUAGAGGGGCAGUUUCUGAGUCAGAGAGGGACAGGUCCAGGGCAGAGGAAAGCUAUUCAGAUGAGGGCUCAUCAGGGGAGUUUGGUCGUUUCGAAAGAUACUGGGAAGGAGGUGCAGGGGGUAGCAGCACUGGAAUAGGAGGCAUAGGAGGAGGAGGCUGGUUCUUUGGAACCUACCCCUCUAGAGAGAAAGGGGGUAGUAUUAACAGCCGGGAUGAUUCCUUACUGGGCACUCGAGCAGAGGGAUGGAUUGGUGCUGAUUUUUGGGGUUCAGGGCCAGGAGUAGGUUGGGGAUCAGGGGGAGGGAGUGGAGGACUCGGCUCACAGUGGCCACCACCUCCUGCGGCCUUCCCUCCUCCAAGAAGAUACUGGUCCAUGGACAAGAUCCCUGUAAAGGGAGAUAAAAAGUGGAAGAGUGGUGGAGGGAAGAGCAAGGGGCGUGCAAGGGACAGAGGAGAAGAAGCAGGUCGGGCCACAAUGUGUUCCUGUAGCCUUUAUCCCCAACCACAUCCUUACCCACACCCCCACAGGCGCUCGCACACCUCCCACUCCAAGAGAGGAGCUGCAGUGCUUUCCCACAGCCAGGAAGAGCUUCUCCCCCACUGCCACAGCUUCAGCGGGGGCUCUCGUCCAAAGCCCCUGCCCCCCAAACCCGAUCCCAGUCAGGCCAAAUCAGGCAGCCAAUCUAACCUCAGCCUCAGCACACAGCCCACAGACCAUCCACCACAACCCUCACCGUCGCCGCCCCAGCAACCGUCCAUGUCUCCCACCUCCCUCCCAAUGCCCAUCCCGCCUCCCCCCUCCUCAUCCUCUGUUUCACCACCAGCAGGGGUGGGGAUGUCAGGCCAGGGCCAGGCUCAGGCUUCAGCCAGUGCCAAACUCCAGUAUCAAAGACUGCGCUCUGUGCCACAGCCACGAAGGUUCUACUCCCCCCACCUGCCACUCAAAGCCAAGAGCCUGUGCUCACGCCGAGGGUCAGCCCACUUCUCCAGCCUGGAGAGCGAGGUAUGACAGGGGGAGAGGAGAGAGGGAGACGUGGGAGCGAGCACCACUGCUACUGAUAACCGUGGUACCAUUGCAGCAGAACGCAGGGAUGACAGCAGAGAAUUGGCUGCCUUGGUGUCCAUAGGUAAUCAAUUAGCCACCAUCACUGCGGGAACUCACAUGGACAGCAUUUCUAAUGCUAACACUGCUCUGUGUGAGAGCAACGCUAAUGCCACCCGCUCAAUUGUACGUGUUCUAGUAAGGGCAACAGUAAGACGUCACACAAGGGUGAGCUACAUUCGUUUAGAUGGUUCCCAUGAUGACGAGAGUGAAGGCGAGGCUGCAUCACUGGGGACAGCAGCUCCUGAACUUCUACUCCGCUCAGAAUUGAGCUUUGUGAUGUCAUCUUCGGUACUCCUCCCCUCCCCGAGUCACAACUAAGGAUAAGAGUAAUCUCCAACCUGUGAGUAAUGAUGUCAUAUUUGUACACAAACAUGCACGAGCACACACACACACACACACACACACACACACACACACACACACACACACACACACACACAGAUUUAUGCUCGAAACGUCUCCCUCCCUCUGGCUUUGAGAACACAUCUUGGUGGGAAGAGGAGAGAUCCAUCCUCUCCUAAAAAGGGACCAGUGUUUGGUCAACGAACUCUGGCGCCAUGUCCACAUUGGCUGGUUUUUGAACAGAUUGGUGGACUGAUUCUUGGUGUCGGAGAGACUGCCCCUCUUUUUUCCCCUUUUGUAAAAUCAGUUGGUAUGAAAAGCAAUGCAGUCAGCUCUCAUGCACUCUGUCUGCCUGAUCACCUUUCACUGGGCAGCAAGGACAGUGCUGGUUAUUUGCCCAGAGUGACCUCAUGACAACAUCAGACCCAUCUAGCUCUACCCCAGGACCAUCUAUGUGAUGUCAUGUUUUACUAGAAACCCUUUUAACCAAUCAGACUGAACAGGAAACACUUUUUCUCCUCCUUGUUGGAGCUUGUCAUGUCACCUCUGGUCCAACCAGAGCUCGAACACAGUUUAAGUAUUUGAAAAACAAACUGAACUUUAAAAGAGAAAUAACAAUAAGAACAAAAAAAACAUGUAGCAGUUUUUUUUUAUGUCUGUCUUUUCUUUUCUUUCUUACUCAGACGUUUCUCCUCAUAACCUCUUUUUUAUGCUAUCAAUAUAUUUCUCUCACUGUGUUAGUGUUUUAAUCAGGAGGAGGCUGGAUGUGGCUAGUAUUGGAAGUGGGAAUGAUUAAAUCGCAGUGCAAAUUUUCCACUCAAGAGCUUCUGAGCAAGAGUCAAGAAAUGUAUUUUCAUAGACAAAGCCCCUUCAUCUCUUCCCACAUGUGAACAUCGCAUAAAUCACCAUCAUGUAAGUGAAUGAAGGGGAUGAUUGGUGCAAUAUCUGUAAUUGGCACUAGAUGGCUGCAUAAUAUUCAAAUAAGCUUUUGGAGACACCGGUGCAAGAGGCUUCUGGUUAGUUUAAUAAUUGUAGCUACAUGAUGCUGAGGAAGAGGCAUGCAUCUAAAACCUUUAUUAUUUUUAUGAAAGUGGCCAGUCAGGAUUUAUUCAGAGGAAUGAAGGGAAUUAAAACAAAGUGCAGUGUAAUGUAAAAGGUCUCUAAGGACAUUGAUAUUAUUAUAUUUCACUAUUACACUGUACCUUGGCUGAAUUUAUAAGUCUUAGACUGUACAAAGCACAAUUCUAUAUUGUAUUUUUCAGACAUUUGUGCCACAGUGUAGCUGCACAAAUCUACAGGAAAUAUAUUUUAGGUGAAAAAAAUGUGAUUAUGUGUUAAAUCAUGUUGCUCCUAUUGAUUACAAAAAACACAUAAAGUGCGAGUACCACAGACACUUGUGUUGAGAAAAUGAUUUUUUACAUGAACUAUUUCCUUCUGGAAGAUAUGACAGACUUGAAUGCUUUGAGUUCCAAUUUUUAGAUGCAUAUACAGUAGCUGAGACUUCAGUAAAUGCAGUCAGUAAUAACUCAUGUUAUCAAGAUUAUUUGAUGACUGUUUGACUUUGAGCAAUAUUCCCACCUUCUAUGUGACAGAGAUGCAAUGGCACAUUCGUUUGCUGCUUGCAUUGUAAUUGUUUUUUCCUUCAGUUUAAAAUGAGGUCAUAUGUUUCAGUCAGAGACAGAUGUAUCACAUCUUCAAUGAUUUUGCUGGCGUAGCCAUUUAAUUUGGUCAGAUGUGAUUAAAAUGAACCAGUGAAAGUCCACAGCACCUGGCUCUGGCUGACCAAUAUGAAAACCAAAUGCUAUGUGUUCAAGAGAGAGCAGUGAACUGUAGCAUUGUACCUCCCGUGAGCUGUGCCAAAAGCCAUUUACUGUGUAAACUGUGCCAGUGUUGCCAACAUUGCAAUGCAUACGCCCUCCAUUUUCAUUAGGUCAACAUAUACACCUCAUUUCUCACACUAAGACCAGCCACAGCCCAGCUCUUCUUCUUUUGUAGUUGAAUGUAGCUUUGACAUGAUGUAGCAAAAGAACACUUACUUUUAGACUUUGUAGCUUUUUGGAUGCUGUUGAUGAUGGCUAGAAGGAGGGGGUGGGGGGGUUGACCUGCUAUGUGAGGGACUUGCGCGGUGUUUGUGCAUGUUGUCACAGAUCGAAGAGUUAGUUGACCUUCUCAAUUCCCCUUUUAAGUCCUUUGCCGUUCAGUUGAGGCAGACUGUACUUUUAUCUGCACAUGGAUUGCUUUGUUUCUAGGUCUGCUUGGGGCUAUUUUUUAAUACAAUCUGUGAUUUUAAGAGAAAUGCUUUUGCCUUUUCCCAUCUUUUGGAAAGCCCCAGAAUCAUUGCAUGUUUAGCUGAAUGAAACCUCAAAGAUUUGUGGUGGGAGGGUUGUGUAGUUCAAUUGUAGCAAAUGCUUAGGACCCAGGGUAGCCACCUUACAGUGUGGUUGUAUGCUCGCUCUACUCUGCACCCCAACAGUGGAAACCACGGCAACAGUUUGGCUGCUUUCUGUGUAGUUGAACACAAUCAUUUUCAACCAAUCAACAGGGCUUAAACCUGGUAUGUCAUUGAGCAUUCUUGAUUUCAAUUGAGGCGCUAAUACUUAAGUCUGUGACUGCAUGAACAGAAGUGACUCUUAAAAACCCUCUGGCUUAUUUUGUUUAUCUAUUUUUAUUUAAUGCUGAGAAAAAAAGAAUAUAUUAAAAUAUACUAUGUUUUUGAGAAUGUACCAUGUUAUACUGUGAUUUAACUGAGAUAUUUUAUUGUACUCAAUUAUCAUUUGAAUUCUAUUAUUUAUCUAUAAAGAAAUAUAUAUGUACAAAUAAAUAUAUACAUAUAUAUACAUACAGGUAUAUAUAUAUAUUAGUUAAGUUUGGUAUAUUUGGAGGAAGUGUUAGAUGAAAUAGUUUUAAAUGUUUAGCUUUGUAGCGAUUCUAGACACUGAAAUCAUUUUUGAAUUUCGAUUCCUCCUAUAUGACUGUGAAGACAUUAGUGCCUGUGACAAAAAAGACAAGUAAAAGUCUAAACUCUCUAUUCAUCUGUAUCUACUAUAGCUAUCAGUCUGUCACUCCUCUCAAACUACCUAACAUCCGUUUUAUUCGCUUUCUGCUUUUUCACAUCACUAUGUUUCUCUCACUUAGUCUGAUGUCUCUUUUGCUUUCUCCUCCUGCUUUCUUUUUAUUGUUUACUUUUUAUAAACAAGCUUUUAAAAAAUUCUCCACCUCUCCUCUUUUUAAUUUUCACCAUACGUUGAUAACAUCUCUUUAUUGAUGUUCCCAUCCAUUAAACCUUUGCUUUGUCCUUCGAUCACUUCCUUUUUUAAAUCCGCUCAUUCCUCUGUCCGUCUCUCACUUAGCAAAAAACAGAGACCAGUAGAUACUGUGUUCUUGCUCCUUUUGACUGAUUGUUGAUGAUGAUGAUCAAUUAAUUGAUUGAUGAAAUAAUUAAUGAACAAUGUUACUAUUACUGAUGUGACUGAAGUGUGUAUCUGACGACCAUGCCACUGUAGCAAGUCUGGGCUGUACCACACCACCAGCGAGCAAAUGAGGCCACAGUUGCUAUGGUGUUGCCAUGGCAUUUUCAUGGCGUUGCCAUGGUGUCCUCUGCGCCGCCACCACCUGGUGCCUGCUGGGUAAUAUAGUACAAUGUCCUUCACUUUCCCAAAAGCAGUGGUCACAGAUCUGUUAUGCUCCCCUCUGCUCAGCCCUGACCUUAAUCUUCAGGAGGUGAAAUAUUUAAAGCUCCUCACUUUGGAGGAGUGCUUAGGGGCAACAUGGUGGUGACAAGUCUGCUGGCUGAACUGUUCUAGACUGGACUGGUUUGAUUGGAAGUGGCUAUGAUAAAGAAUUGAUAUGGUGGUGAUCAAAUAAUCUUUCAAUAAUCUCAAACAUUUUUUAGUUUGUGCUGCCCUGCAUGUUUUGCAUAAAGCUUCAUAUCACUCCCUGAUAGCCUCAAACCAGUCAGCACAGAGGUGGUUUCUGUGUCCAUAUUUGUGUCAUUCUAGUCAUGAAUUUGUACGUUUUUAUGUUGAGAGGAUACGAGUCAUGUAUGAGUAUUGCAUGUGCAAUGAUCAUGCAAAAAAGUGCAAACUGCAGCAUGAUUCUGUUUCACUCUUCUUCUCUCUCCUUCUGUUUUUCAGAAAAACUCAUACACACUCACUUCGCUGUGCAUGCAUAUUUAACACACAAUGCGUACAUCAUUCAGCCAAUGAUCCUCAUCUUCCUCUAGCCAUCACUAAGCUGCGAUCUAAAGCAUUGCUUCAAGUAGUCUGAUCAUCCCACACAGGCAUACGUGUGGCUUUGCAAACAUUUGCACACAAUGCAGACCACACACACACACACACACACACACACAAAAUCCACUCUAAUUUUGUGAAAUGCAGUUUUUUCUUCUUAAAAUUAGUUAAAUCACAAUCACGGUUCUGCUCCAUUUGAGCGUUCUGUCUAUCUCCCUUUAUUUUCCUGCACUCUGCUUUGCACUGCCUUGACUCUACUAAUCUAUCAAAAACCUGUUUGUAGGAGCCACAUUCAGUUUGCUUUAUUGUGCUUGACAUGCUCCUAUUUUGAUUUACCUUGUUGUCCUAAUCCGCUUUGAUUUAUUUCAUUUUCCGUCUGGUCCAAUAUAAAUGAACAGUAUGAAUUGAACAGUCCAGUCCAGCCUAGUGCAGCGUGCUCCAGGCUGGUCUAGUGCCUGAUACCCUUUUACAGCCUCCAGUUCAUCCCCUCUUUCUGUCGGCCGAUUCCCUGGUAAGCAAUGCGUGUGGUGCUCCAGAAUUCAAACAGGGUCUUCAUAGGCUGUUUCGGCCAUGAACUAUAUCAAGGAAACACAGGAGCACCACACGUUGCUCUCGCCAGGUCUAGGGUCUGCAUGUUGCACCAUGAAAACGUAUCCCACCACAGUGACAGGGCACAUUUACCCACAGAAACCAGUGUGUGUUUUCAGCUUUGUACAAGGCCCAGCUCUGCUGUAGUAACCUCGCCAACUCUAAAGGCCUACUUACAGGUUGCUAAGGCGGGUUGCUAGUAGGGUGAUGUUGCUCCUAGCCCAGACUGGUCUGGUCAAUGCCCUAAUUUAAAUGUGUUAGUUUAUUUGACAUUGUCUGUCUGGGUUGGGGCUGGAGGGUCAGUGCUGCACUUACUUCCUGAGAAUUGCUUCAUAAAAUCUGAUUCUCUUUAAUUAAUGUC